AUGGCUUCAAGUGAGACCCACUCCGCAUCAACUACGUUAGAUGAUAUAAUUAACGAGCUAAAACUCACUUAUGAUUCGUCUGUUGGUUUGUUAGAUGGUGACUCUAUAAGGAGUGUUCCUAGUGUAAAUAUAUUAUUGAAUUUGAGUAAGCUUUUGAAUAAACUUUCCAAAGAUUUGGUUGAAGUCGAGCAAACUGAUUCUGAUAUUUUAAAGAAAAUAAGCAAAAACCUCGGAUUAAGUGAAACUGAUGACGAUAAAAUCAAUGAAGAAGAAGACAUAGACGAUAAACAUCAAACUUCUCAAAGUGAUCGCGUACGUACGUCAAGUCAAAAUGCAGUUGAUGAAGAUGACGAGGCAGUUACUUUAUCAAAGAGGCGAAAACUUAAUACUCUGGUAAAAAUCAAAGAAGAAGAGGAAUAUGAAAACGGAGACGAUGACAAAAUUAAACGGGAUGAAGAGACAAUGAAUGAUGAAAUUCAAAAACCAGAUGUCCCUGAUGAGCUAGUGAAUUCGAAGGAUGAUCCCACACCUCCAGUACAAUUAGGUUCAUAUACUCAAAAUAAUGAUACCAGACUAAAAAACCCAAAGUCUGAGUUCGUAACGUCCCAAACAUUACCGGCGGAAGCUAUUGCAGAAUUAGGAUUGUUUUCAGAAGAUAACAAUGGUUUGGAAACUCACGGAAAAGAGUAUCUUAAAAAAAAAUAUGGAGUUGCUUCGUAUCCAGAGCGUGAUCUAUUGGAUAUGUUACCAGGUAGAAUUCCUGAUACCGAUUUUUCAAAAAACAAACCGCCAACAAAUCAAGUUCAAUUCACCACUUAUCAAUCAUACAUUGAAUCAUUUUUUAGACUCUUUCUGAAUGACGAUAUAAAAUUUUUAAAUGAAAAAAAUGUGAUUCCACCAGGACUUGAUAAACAGAGUUAUGACCCUAAUGUUACACCGUAUAUCACUCCUAAAUUAGGACCUUUCUACGCUGAUGUAUGGGCAGAAGAAGAUGCAAGUUUGGGAUCAAAGUUGAACUCGCCAGCUUUCCAACAACCUUCAGUAGAUUCAUUCAAACCUAAAGGUUCGAUAGAUGACUUGGAUGAUAAUAAUCUCUAUACGGAAGAAGUUUCUUGCGGACCACUCUCUAAUCGAUUGUUAUCUGCGAUUUUGAGUACUCAUGAAGGUCGUUCCGUAGAUGAAGAAGAAGAAAAUAAUGAGGAAGAAAACCCUUUCGAGGAAGACGUUGCUACCCAAUUAAAUACUGGCGAGGAUUAUAAAUUAACGACGGAGGUAAGUGACUUUCACUCUAUUGAAGAAAGACUUAAAAGAGAAUUGAAAUACAUAGGAAUCUUUAUGAAUUUACCAAAUUCUGAGGAAGAAGCUAAAAGUAAACUUCAAAUUAAUGGCCGUUCAAUAAAAAAGACAGAUGGUAGUAUUAUAGAUUCAGAUGAUUGGAUUAAGAAUAAGGAAGAUGAUGAAGUAUGUGCUGAGAUCAGGUCAUUGCAGAAAGAGUUGAAAGAAGCUUCUGUUAGAAACAGGAAGAAUAAAAAGAAAUUAAUUCCAAUAAUAGAGGAACAAAUUGCAUGGCAAGAAUAUUGUACUAUAUUAGAUGACUUAGAUAAACAAGUCGAUCAAGCAUACAUGAAAAGACUUAAAGCUAAAAACAAGAAAAAGAAAACGGAAACUGCAACUCCACAACAGCAAGCAGUAAACAGUGGUUUAAGAGCAUUAUUGGAUAAAAGAAAAAGAUGGAUUGAUAAUAUAGGAAGGCUUUUUAAAUCACCGGAGAUAAUGAAAAGAGUUCCGAAUGAAUCUGUAUUGCAAGGAGAGAGCGAAAUUGAAGAAGAAGGAGAUGACGAAGAAAAUGUUGAUGCUGAAGAAGCAAUAAUACAGAAAUAA